GGUGUUUGUGAGCUGGAGGAUUUGUCCAUACCUUUGGCACCUAAAGCAGACGACAUUAAGGACGUUCCAGAUGAGGAAGCGGAAGCUGUGGAGGAGAACGCUGACAGUGAUAGUGAUAGUGACGAAAAUGACUCUGACGUAAACAAGGAUGAACUUUAACGCAUAGGAACAUAGUUAAAACUAUCAAUUUUUUUUUCUUAUUCAUUCCUGGGUGUCUUAUGUCAACUUUUAUUUUGUGUCAUACUAUAUUGGCUUACAUCAUAUAAGCUGUAGCUAUGUCAUGUGUCAUGCCAAAAUAAGAACGUCUGCCUAAGUAGGUACAGUUUGUAUGGCGAAUAACAAGAAAGUAAAGCAGCAUAUUUUAA